AUGUCUGGGUGCCAGAUUGAGUACCCUUCGUCUCCUCCCGAAAUUCAGUUUGAUGAUGAGAAUGUUCCUUGUUACAGCUAUGACAGCAUGAAUAGUGAUGUUAGCAACUUCUUCCAGCAACUUGAGGGUUUGGUUGCAAAGUUGGGUUCAAAACUUGAGGAUCCACCAACGCUUCUACAAGGCGCUACAGAUGUGUAUAUGGUUAGGAGUAUCGAUGACUGGGCUCAAGGGGACUAUUGUUGCAAAUAUCAGAUUCUGAACCGUUGGGUCAAUGAUCUUUACGAGCUCUACAGUAUAUACCAAACUUCAAAAGCAUUGUGGCUGGCUUUGGAGUGUAUAUACAAGACUGAUGACUUUAGGAUGCAGAAAUAUUCAACUACGAAGUUUCUAAACUUCAAGAUGUUGGAUUUGAAACCAAGUAUGGAACAAGUGGAGGCUCUUCAACUCAUCUUUCAAGAGAUAGAGUUGGAAGGGAAGUCGAUCUACAACGUCUUCAAAACGAAUGUCUUGAUCGAGAAGCUACCACAAGGUUGGUCGUAUUUCAAGAAAUAUCUUAACUUAAAAUGUAAGGCAAUGUCUCUUGAUGAUCUCAGCCGAAGGCAUGAUGUCCAUGUUGUUGAGCAUAAUGCCAAGCUGAAAGGCAAGGUUAAAGGGAUCUUUAUUUCUCAUAAGGCCUUGAUGGCAUCAUCUGCAACAAACUUCAAGAAGAUCAACCUUGAGAGGAAGUUUAAAGGAAAGUGUCAUCAUUGUGGCAAGAUUGGGGACAAGGCUGAAGUUUUCAAAAGCGAAGCCAAGGAUAUCCAGAGCCAGCCAAACCUAACUGAAGAAGACAUAGUUGCAGUGGUUAAUGAAUGUAACAUGGUGGAAGACAAUCCAGUGGAUUGGUACUAUGAGACUCGUGCUACAACACACAUAUGCUCUGACAAGACGAUGUUCACCACCUACGUGAAGAACAAGUCAAAUGAGCAGCUUUCCAUGGCCAACACAACGAUCUCCGCAAGGAUGAUCAGUUGUUGGCUAAGAUUCUUGAGGAUCUUCAGUCUAACAUGA